AUGACUACUAUGGGGAAGAAGUUAUGCGAAAUGUUCCCGGACCAAGGUGACGAGCGCGCCCUUCGGGACUCUGCGAAGUUAUCACAACCGGACGAGGCACACACUGAGGACGCUGUGGUGGCGCGGGAGGAAGAGGAAGAGGAGGAGGAGGAGGAGGAGGUGGGAAUACAGAGUUGCUGGAGACGGAUUGUGACCCCACGGGUCGUUUUGGCCGUCUUUACAGCACUGAACUUCAUUACGUACUACGACCGUGGAGCCAUCUCCGGCUGCUUAGCAAGUAUUAAGGAAGACAAGAUCAUAUCAGGAGGCUCAGCAGCCAUUACUGAUACAAAAAUGGGUUUCAUUGUUUCGGGUUUUAUGGUUGGUUUCAUGACAACAAGCCCAUUAUUUGCAGCAUUCGGUGGAGUUGUGCCUUCCAAGUGGAUGAUUGUAGGAGGUAUGGUCGUAUGGGCUCUUGCUUGCAUAGGCACGGGCUUUGCAAUGUCGUAUGAAUUCAUCUUGGCAUGCCGAAUUGUCGUCGGCGUUGGUGAGGCAGCGUUUGUGGGAUUUACAGUCACUACUAUAGACCGUAUUGCGCCACCGAACUCUCGCACGUUAUGGAUAGGUACAUUCUACUCCAUGAUGCCUGUGGGAACUGCGAUUGGCAUGACUGUUGGGGGUAUCAUCAGCUCGUUUGGUGUGAUAGGAUCUACUGAAGGAUGGCGUCUUGUUUUUUUCUCUCAAGUCCUGGCCUCCGUACCUAUUGUGUUGGUCAUUGCCCUUUUGCCUGCCUCGUAUAAUAUGCGCCAAGAGUCAGAUGAAACGGAAUACUUCCCGCUACACAAGGCAACGUGGAUUCUGUUAAAAAAUUUAAACUAUGUUCUGAUUGUGUUUGGAUACGCAAUGUAUUGUUUUGUUCUUGGGGCCGUGGCCGUUUGGGGAAUCCCUAUGCUUAUACAGGGGCCCUUGGAGCUUUCGUAUAUGCACGCUUCGCUCAUCAUGGGUGGGGUGACCGCAGUUACCGGUGUACUGGGUUCAAUUGCAGGAGGCAUUGCCCUUGACAAAGUGGGAGGACGAGAUGAGUCUAUGAACAUGAUCAAGGGUCAACUCCUUCUUACCCUCAUGAUCGCGGUGUCGGUACCACUUGGCAUUGUCGCACUGUUGAUGAAGAACCUUGGUGUCUUUAUUUUCCUAUUGGUUGUGUCCGUGUUUGCACUUUUUAUGGUAACUGCACCUGUUAAUGCGGCAAUUAUGAGAGUGGUACCGGCAGAGCUGAAGGCGUACGCAGUAAGUUACUCAGUUUUUAUCAUUCACGCUCUCGGCGACUUUCCCUCACCGACGUUUACGGGAUUUCUGUCAGACCGUGUCUUUGCUGGAGGUUGCCCGCAACUCGAUUACGCCGAAUGCGGCCAUGGUAGCACCCACAGCUGCAAGUGGAUAAACAAUACGGCGGACGCAUCCUCUGGCCACUGUGUGAACAAACAUCAACUGCGUAACGCGUUGCUGGUAGUUUUUUCUAUAAUGUUUUUGGCUGUACCAUGCUGGCUUGUCGUGUGCCUACGUAUAUGGCGCUCUCGCCCGCGCUCCUCGUCUUCCGAGAGCAGCCGCACCUCGCUCGUGGGUGAUGAGGCGUCCCACGAAAAGCACCCACCUGGUGUUCAUCAGCCGUGA